UCACUCUCAUCAGUCGUGGCACCGGCGCGAGGACUCUUCUCACUCUAAAGCGGGAAACUUUCAUCCACCUUCCAACCAGGAUCCCAUGUAGCUAUCGGAACGGAUCAGUUUUACAAACUGAAAUGGCAAGAAGGUGGGUCGCGUUUCUAGAGCGGUUCCUCUGCUGCUUGUUCGUCGCUCUGUCACCGGCUGUAUCGCAGAGGAGAGAAGAAAGUGGAGUGUCGCUGUUGCAAUUAAUUGGUGAUCCUCCACCUGAUGGUGUCUCCAAAGUCUUUGACCAUGAUAACAGCCCUGGCUAUGUGUUUGACCAAAGCUCCAAUGUGGGUCAGUCAGCUGCAGCCCACCUGCCCAACCCUUUCUUCCGUGACUUCUCCCUUAUCUUCAACAUAAAACCCACGUCCUCCAAGCCUGGAGUCAUCUUCUCCAUCACUGACCCAACCCAGAACAUCAUGUAUGUUGGUGUGAAGCUGUCAGCGGUGGAGAAGGGCAAGCAGUAUAUAAUCUUCUACUACACUGAGCCAGACUCGCAGAGCUCAUACGAGGCGGCCAGAUUUUCCGUGCCCUCCAUGGUGAACACCUGGACCCGGUUUUCCAUCGGUGUUUUGAAUGAGCGUGUUUCCCUCUACUUCAGCUGUGACUCAGAUCCUCAGGUCAUCACUUUUGAGCGGUCUCCAGAUGAUAUGGACCUGGAUGCCGGGGCUGGAGUGUUUGUUGGUCAUGCCAGUGGAGCAGACCCUGAUAAGUUUUUGGGUUUUAUCGGCGAUAUAAGGGUGUUGAAAGACCCUGGGGCGGCUGAACGGCACUGUGAAGAAGAUGAGGAUGACUUCGAUGCGAAUCUACAGGGAUCAGGUGAUUACGGAGCAAGUGGAGAUGGAGAAGGACGACCAUCAAUCCAGCCGACACCUCCCUCCUCUCGGCCGAUCCAGCAGCCGCCGGUGACCAGCAGACCGCUUGUUGAGAAGCAGCUGACAGGCUCAGUCGAUUCCUCUUGGCAAACUUCUGGGUCCUACGGUGAUUCUCGACAAACAUCUGGCUCAUAUGGCGGUUCUCAAAAAACAUCUGGUCCUUAUGGGGAUUCCCGAAGAACCUCUAUCUCCCACGGUGAUUCCCGGCAAACAUCUGGCUCAUAUGGUGAUUCUGAACAAACUUCUGGUUCAUAUGGUGAUUCCCAAACAAACUCUGGCUCGUAUGGUGGUUCUCAACAAACUUCUGGCUCAUAUGGUGACUCUCGACAAACGCUUGACUUAAUUGAUGUUAGCAGGCAAACUUCAGGGUUGUAUGAUGAUUCUAGACAAGCUUCAAACUCUCUAAGUACGUCAGGCUCAGCUGGUGAUGGCAUACGGUAUUCUGUGGAGUCCAGACUCGGUCCUGCAGGUCCAACAGGUGCAAAAGGAGAGAAAGGAGACAGAGGAGAGACGGGUGCCAAAGGUGAGAGGGGUCUUGUGGGGCCGAAGGGUGAUUCAGGAUCUGGAUCUGGAUCUGGUGGCAGUGCAAACGGAGAGAAGGGUGACGCAGGAGAGAAAGGAAUGAAGGGUAGUUCUGGUUUUGGUUAUCCUGGAUCAAAGGGUGAUCGUGGCCCUCCUGGGCCUCCAGGGCCUCCUGGUCCCCCAGGGCCCAGUGCAGAGGUAGAAGUGAGGGGAGAUGGGUCAGUUGUUCAGAGGGUGACAGGACCAAGAGGACCACCUGGACCAGCAGGACCCCCUGGCCCUGCUGGAGCUGAAGGGGAGCCGGGUGACCCUGGUGAAGAUGGAAAAGCUGGCCAAGUUGGACCUCCUGGUUUUCCAGGAACUCCUGGGAGUUCUGGACCCAAAGGAGAGAAAGGAGAGCGAGGUGAAAGUCAGCCAGGACCUCGAGGGCCUCCAGGGCUUCCUGGCCCACCGGGAGCCCCAUCUCGCUCUGAUAGGCCUACAUUUGUGGACAUGGAGGGUUCUGGAUUUGAUUUGGACAGUGUGCGGGCAAUGCCUGGUUUGCCUGGCCUACCUGGUCCCCCUGGCCUCCCUGGCCCCCCCGGUCCUGGGUCUUCAGGCUCUGGUGGUUUUGGGCCCCCUGGUCCUCCUGGGCAAAAUGGAGCUCCAGGUCAACUGGGACUUCCAGGUCCACCAGGUGCUGAUGGAAAACCAGGCUUAAUGGGCCCAAAAGGAGAGAAGGGUGAUGACGGUGAGCUGGGCCUACCUGGACCUGUGGGAGAGAAGGGUGCCAAAGGUUCUUCUGGUUCCCCUGGCCUUCCUGGAGAGGGUGGACUUGCUGGUCUUCCAGGACCAAUGGGACCUGUUGGACAACCAGGGCCACCUGGUCCUCCUGGCCCAAGCUAUCAUGUUGGUUUUGAUGAUAUGGAGGGUUCUGGUGUUCACUUCAGUUCAGUCCCUGGAGUAAGAGGACCAGUGGGAAUCCAGGGACCUCCUGGUGCCCCAGGACCACACGGUAAGCCUGGUUUCCCAGGAUUUCCUGGAGUGAAAGGCAGUGAGGGACCUCAGGGAAAAGAUGGCCAACCUGGUUUGGAUGGCUUCCCUGGACCACAGGGACCAAAGGGCAACAAGGGAGACCGAGGCGACAGGGGUGAACCUGGUCGAGAUGGAGCUGGACUUCUAGGUCCACCUGGCCCCCCUGGACCACCUGGACAAAUUAUUUAUCGUUAUUCUGAAAAUAAUGAUGAAACUGGAGGAGCAGGGCCUCAGGGUGGGGCUGGUCUUCCUGGUCAAGCAGGAUUCCCAGGCCCAAUGGGACCAAAGGGUGACCGAGGAGAACCUGGUUCACCAGGCUACGGCAUUAAGGGUGAGAAAGGAGAACCUGGACUUAUUCUUGGACCUGAUGGAAACCCACUUUACCUUGGUGGAUUGACAAGCCAUAAGGGUGAGAGUGGGCUUCCUGGACCAGUCGGACCUCUUGGUCCAGCUGGACCUCCUGGAUUGAAAGGUGAAUUUGGAAUGCCAGGCAGACCUGGUCGCCCAGGUGUAAAUGGAUACAAAGGAGAGAAGGGAGAACCAGGGUCAGGGUCAGGGUCAGGCUCUGGAUUUGCCUACCCAGGUCCCCCUGGUCCCCCAGGGCCUCCUGGUCCCCCUGGACCUGCUGUGCCCUUGGACAGAUUCGGUAGAUAUGAAGAUUAUUCGAGACAGUAUCCAGCUAUGAAAGGAGAGAAAGGAGACCAGGGAGCUCCUGGAGUUCCAAGGUCGCCAGGUUUUUCCUCUAACUUUGAUAUCUAUGCCCUCAAGAAUGAGAUGAAGGGGGAGCACGGUGAGUCCGGUCUUAAAGGAGAAAAAGGAGAGCCAGGAGGAGGAUUUUAUGACCCUCGUUUUGGAGCUGUACAGGGACCACCAGGAAACCCUGGACCUCCUGGACCUAAAGGAGACUCAAUCGGAGGUCCCCCUGGACCACAGGGCCCACCAGGACCACCUGGAGUUGGUUAUGAUGGUCGUCCAGGAAACCCAGGACCUCCUGGACUCCCCGGUCCUCCAGGGUCACCGUCAUUGCCAGGAGCCUACAGACCACAACUCAGUAUUCCCGGACCUCCAGGUCCCCCGGGCCCUCCUGGAGUUCCUGGCACUGGAUCUGGACAGGUGACUUUCCUGAGGUCUUAUGACAUAAUGAUGGCUACGGCACGCAGACAGUCUGAAGGUGCUUUGAUUUACAUUUUGGACAGAAACGAUCUCUACCUCAGAGUUCGGGAUGGUGUCAGACAAGUGAUGCUUGGAGAUAAUAAACCCUUCUUUGGAGAGCUGGACAAUGAAGUGGCAGCGGUCCAGCCGCCCCCUGUUGUUCACUAUUCCCAAGACCACACAGCUGACAAUGGAGCAGAGCAGAUUUCUCCACCGCACCAGCCGAUCGAGUUUCCAAGGAGGGAGCCAGAGAAUAGAAACCCCAGUCCGCCCGACUCCCAUUACCCAGAUCCACGAUACCCACCCUACACUGAUAACAGGUACAUCGAUCCUGUACAACCACAUAGAUACCCCGUUCAACCUGAGAGGAACCCCAUCACUCCAGCCCGCCGCCCUAGCCCCCCUGUCAGUCAACCGGAGGGCCACACCCACACUUCUGGACCAGGGUUGCAUCUUAUCGCCCUGAAUUCUCCACAAGCGGGCAACAUGAGAGGCAUUCGUGGGGCAGACUUCCUGUGCUUCCAGCAGGCUCGGGCCGUGGGCCUGAAGGGAACGUUCAGAGCCUUCCUGUCUUCCAAACUUCAGGAUCUCUAUAGUAUCGUCCGCAAAUCUGACAGAGAGACAUUACCGAUUGUUAACCUCAAGGAUCAAGUCCUUUUCAGAAGCUGGGAGUCUCUCUUCAGUGACUCAGAGAGCAGGAUGAAGGACAAUGCUCCUAUCUACUCAUUUGAUGGCAGAGAUGUCCUGCGGGACAGUGCCUGGCCAGAGAAGAUGAUCUGGCAUGGGUCCAGUGACAGGGGUCACAGGCAGACGGAUAACUACUGUGAGACGUGGAGGGCCGGAGACCGUGCGGUGACAGGCUUGGCCUCGUCUCUGCAGGCUGGCCAACUCCUCCAGCAGACCUCCAGCAGCUGCUCCAGUUCCUACAUCGUGCUGUGCAUCGAGAACAGCUACAUGACACAAUCCAAGAAAUAAAGCCGUCCUAAAGAGCCUUUGAACACUCAACACAACCGUUUAUACAGGCCGAGUUUCGCUCCAGUAGAUGCCUGUAUCUAACGAAAAGGAAAAA